AUGGCAAGUGGAGUUCAAGUUAUAGGCCCUGGAAAUCCAUCUGGACACAAGGCUCCCCCUCCGUCUAAUCCAGCAGGAUCUUCAUGGUUACAUUUCAGUCAGAACAGACAGUCCUUGCCAAAUUACCCAGAUAUAGUUGAUAAUGAGACCUACUUUCAGCCCGUCAACUCAGAUAGUGUUAAUGAUCUGACCCCCAGCCAAAACUCCACCAGAGCGGGGCACCUCAGCUACCACUGUACCCCUCCCUGCAACAGGACCCUGACCUCCCCGGUGUCUCCCAACAGUGGCACCAGGCAGGUGCAGAUACCAACAUACAGGCAGAUUCAAACCAGGGACAUUAGUGUUGGGGUGUCCGCCAGGAUUGACCCUCAUCGGGCAGAUACCCUGCCUGAUUUAUUACACUCCCAUGUUGCAUCUCCAGUGACGCCGUCUCGGCCAAAUCAGCAUCGACAAACACGGAAUGGAGAGAGACGUACUCGACCAGAUCAUCGAACAAGAAAUCAAGGGAGACAAAGGACCCAUGAAACCAGUACCCGAACUGCACGUCAUGGCCGUAGGAAUCGCACACGAUCCUCAAGUUCAAUACAUUCAGAUGAGGGAGCAUGUAAAGAACCUUGUGUGAAAUGUUUUGUGAAAUUGACAUCAUUCCGAUGGGUUCUGGUGGUGUUGUCCCUGUUGGGAGUUUGUUGUGUGGUGACUGGGAUAGUACUCGCAGCGCUGCAUGCAGCAGGAAACAGCUUCCUCUUUCUAGCAAUUAUGUUCAUAGGCCUGGGAGUACUGCUGGUCAUUGUAGUGGGCGUCGGCUGGAAGUGCACCCCCAGGGGACAUGAGCCUUUACAUGCACUUUUCAAUAUCGGGGAUUUCCGUCGUCGACGAGACCGCCAAACACGAAGAGCGUACAGACAGAGAGACAGCAACUGGUAUGGAGGUGUGAUGUACCCAGAAUUCCAGUACCGUCGUCCACCACCGUCGUAUGCUGCGUCAAUGCAGGAGUACCAACAGCAGCUGUUGUUAGCACAACAGCAAUACUUGCAGCAGACUGGCAGUAAUGGCGAAAGUCUUCCAAACUCCCCUCCACCCUCGUACAGAUCCCGUACAAGCACUAUACACUCAGGAAUCCAUAUUGCCUUCCCGCCAGACUCUGAUCAGCCCAACUCGCGGCCACCGACAUACAGAUCAACUGCGAGUACCAUGGGCCGUAGGGGCCCUGUUCGCCCACCAUUACCCAGAGACCCCAGUUAUGACAAUGACAGGGGAGACAAUUUACCCGGUGGUGAUGUUUCGUUCGCUGGUCCCGAUGUCAGUCCGACUGGUGUAGGGUCAGAGGUCGGUCAGUCGUCGGAACCAAACAGUGCUAGCAUAGAUAGGACUCCAUCUGAUGACUCUAUACUGAGCGCGCGUCAUCACCAUCAGACUUGGUUACAGGGAGGUCAUCAAAUGUAGCAAGUCCUGAAACUCCCAGUAGUGCUGCUAGUCUGGCGUCUGCUCACAAUCAAACCACAGUAACAAACCCAGAACAAUCGUCUGUGAUUCAAGGUCAGAGCUCAUCAGUGAGUGGAGGAACAAAUGGGUCAAAUACGAACAAUUCGGACGAGUCUUCCAGCCACGGUCAACCAAAAGAUGACGCGCUUGACCAAGAACUACAGCAGACUCUUGAGACCUUUGAUGAGAUUACCUCCGGUGCUGUGUCGGACAAUGUAUCCAAGUCGAUGGAGGAAACCACUUCAUCGGAAGAACCAGAAAGAUUUCAAACAGCUUUGUGAAUCAUGAGCUGUUCAGAAUCUGGUUUUCUUGAUAUGUAUAGGAAGGUGGAUACAUUUAGCAAGUCUAUACCCAACAUUCCCGUGUGUCUUGAUUGUGUUCAUAUUGUGUCAGCGCUGAAGGAUGAAUGAAAACUGUAUUAUUAUUAUUAUUAUUCCACAAGUCAUUUGUGUUGUAUGCAUUCAAGAUGAAAUACAUAUGAUCAACUUUGACUCCUUUACCCCAAGGUCAACAUUUUUUUUUAAGUGUGUGUGUGUUUCAUUUAAAUGAUCGUCAUUGUCACAUGUACUUUUAGCAUGUGGUCAUGUCUUUGAUUUCUUUGAAAUAUUUUGUGUACAAAUGGUACGUUAUUUUAGAUAAUGUUUUGUUUGAAGACUUUACCUUCUGUGUCUUUUUAUUUUAGCUUGCCUUUUCUGUUCUCUUAAGUAAAACAUGUUAGAAUUAGGGCUUUUAUAUACACAGCAUCUGAUAAAUGUAAUUAAGAUAUCUUAUGUUCAAGAAUGGUUGAGAGCGAUAUAUGAGACAGGUUUUAACAAAUUAUUUAAGUGUUUUUGUUAAAAAAAUGUUUUAUUGUUUCACUCUCUGUUAAAGUUUUUAGAUUUGUUAAAAGUUUUUAAAAGUUUCAUUAAAGCAACAGUUUUAUUUCUUAUAGACAUUCAAAAUACUACAACUUUCCUAAACAUUUUAGCCAAAGUUUUAUUAUCUUAUUGUAGUAGUCAUGGUAAUUUGAUGGCAAUAUUUCACAAAGGGAUUUAGAUUUUAUCAAACAUAUGAUACCCAGCACAUUGGAACAAGUGAAACUUGGUAGCUAUAUCUGAUUUUGUUUUUACCUCAGAAUUGUAUUGUCAGUCGCCUUCUGAUAGACAAUGGGAUGUUUUUAAUGAAUUUUACAUUAUCUGUAAACUACGUACUAAUUUGACUCAGCAAUAUAUAGAUACCUUACUUACAAUGGGAUUAAUAACAGCUGCAAUAUUCACUUCACUAUGACUGAUACUUUAACACCAUGGGGUUGGGUAGCCUAGUGGUUAAAGCGUUCGCUGGUCAUGCCAAAGGUCCAGGUUCGAUUUCCCACAUGGGUAAAAUGUGUGAAGCCCAUUUCUGGUGUCCCCCGCCAUCAUGUUGCUGGAAUAUUGCUAAUAGCGGCGUAAAACAAAACUCACUCACUUUAACACCAUGCAUCCACUUGACAUCAUGAAAUGAUGCAUGUGGUCAUUGAUGCACUGAAAUAUGCACACCCACCUGGCACCAGGUUGAGCAUGGAAGGAGCUGUCAGCUGGAAUAUGUACCAUACGUGUCAAUUCGAUGUUAUAAGUAUAAUGUCUCCCACGAAGGCCAAACCCUGACAUUUGAGGGCUGGUAGUGUUGCAGUUGUGAUGGAAUAUGAAUGUGGGAGUCAGAAGAAGGAUGAAUAAUGCAGGGAGUAUUCUGGCAAUAUAAUAAUCUGUGUGACUCUUGCUGUCUGAUUGUCACUUGUUCUUGUUUCUGGUUCAUCUCCAGGGAUUGGCUCGUAUUCAAAUUAUGCAAUUUGCCUUCUAAAACCUAUGAAUAUUGUCCAGGCUUGAACUAGUAGUGGGCAGCCAGAUUCUCAUGAAUUGCAGAACAUGUUUUUAAGGGCUAACCGUUUUGAUGUGUCAGUUUUAUGCUUUGAGUUCACUUUUAAUUGUUUUGCUGUUGCUUUUUCCCAAGAAAUAUGGUAAUUAGGUAGGGAUAUAUGAUAGACCCUUGCUUGAUCCCACUGAAGUUCAUUUGCAAUUUUAGUUUUUAGGAAACUUUUGUUUCUAAAUCCAACGACAUUACUAUUCUGUAGAGAUUCUGUUAUUAUGUAUAUUCUGAUUCUUUGUGUAUCUUUUCUACAAAGCCUGCCUUCUGAUCUACACCAGUGGUGUCUGUUUGGUAAACAUAAUAUCCAGAAGUUAUAGCGUCAGCCUUUACCUUCAAGUCUUGUAUGAUUUCUCCCGAGUGCCUUGGACAAUUUGCUGAUUGCUAUAUCCUCUUCCUUGAUUGGACUGGUAAUGUCAGGCAGACAAUGUUAAAUGAUCGUAUUAUACGUGCCUUACAAGUAUACAAGGAUAUGUAUUGAUUGGCAAUGUUAACAGGUCUUGAAUCGAAAAUUUUGAAAAGAUCAUAUGAAAAACUCAUAAACCAAACAGAUUUAUUGUUAAAUGUUCAAAAUACUGACAGAUAUGUAGGUAUCUGCAUACAGAACAGUUUUCCAAGUUAACAUAUAAGUGAAGUAAGCUCACCUCAGAUUAAAGGUCAUUUUGGCUUUCAUUCAAAUAAUUACCGAUGUUUCAUUUGGGUGGUUCAAAUGCUAUGUUACAUCCUUAUGCACAGUUUCUUUUUAAGAAUAUUUUGGUUAUAAUUUUUUAUUACAUUGAAGCCAGUAUGGUCAAGUCAUAUCAAUAUAAUUAAUGUAUAACGAUUUCAGUAUUUUUAAAUUUCUCGUGUACUGAAUUCAGUCCCAUUAAUAUACCAGGAUAUCGGCCUGUCAAUCUGUGGUUAUUGUGAGCUGACAUGUUCAUGUGUUCAUAUGAAUGCACCACAUCUGUGCCUACUCUGUAUUGAUAUGCAUCGUUGGCUUGUUCACGUGAAUAGAGUGGGGACAGCAUUAUGGUUAUGUCUUUAGCACCAGCUGCUUACUUCCUCAUAUUGAAUCAUAUUGAAUAUUCUCUUGUUAAGAAACAUCAGUUCAGUCUGUUACAUUUACUUUUCAUUAUUUUCACACAUUUGUAUGUUUCUGUGAAUGAACAACAUUGUGUGUGCUUGUUUAACACAUGUAAUAUUUUUCUCAUAUCGUCAAUUGCUUGCAAGUGUUCUGCAGGUCAGUGGUUGCGUAGUACAAUAUUUUGUUGAUUAUUAUUCUGAAACAUUGGUGACUCAAAGCAGUUUCAAAACAUGUGAUCUUGUUUCAUCAUUUUAAGGGGUAGCUUAGUGGAUAAAGUGUUUGCUCGUCAAGCCGAAGACCCGGGUUCGAUUCCACACAUGGGUAUAAUGUGCGAAGCCCAUUUCUGGUGUCCCUGCCGUGAUGUUGCUGGAAUAUUGCUCAUCAUUCAAAGGUUCACUCAUCAUUUGAAACUGAACAGUGGGGAUAAAGUUGACUGAAUUUAAGAUCAUAUUUUCUGUAGUUUCAUUUUCAGACAUCUAAGGUCAUGCUCUUAAUAAAAUCUCAAAGGAAUCCACUGAAAAACAAUCAAUUGUAAAAUGACUUUUGUCUAUAAUAUUUUAGUGAUGAAUGUGUGAAAAUAAAUUGCUAAGUAUUGCCUGUUCUGCUGAACUGUUCCAAGUUUUAAAGAAUUAGUCACCUUAACAUCGUACAUUCAUCAUAAUCGUAAAAAGAAUUGUCAAAGCAUAUGAUUUAACAGCAUGAAACAUUGAUGGAUAUCUCCUGUAUUGUUUUUAAUGUCAGGGCCACUUUUUACAUCUUCAUAAUGUGACUCGUUCAGUCAAGUCAUUCAAAUUAACACAGAAAUUGUUAUUGU